CAUACCUUUUAUCUUUCAAUAUAUAUACACGCUCGCAGUUGAUUUGAAUCCACCUCUGUUUUUGUGUUUUGCCAAAAAUGGGACUCGUUCCAAGUCUCAUGAGAAAAGGGUUGUCGCAAAAACAAAUUGUCAGUCUUGCAAUGGAGGGAGUUUUGAAGAAUCUUGGGCCACGGAGGUAUGACAACUUCGAGGACUUCCAUUCUUCUAUUCUCAGCAUCCUCAAAACUGCCAACUCUGCGCUGCCUGGUAGACAUUUUGAAGCACCAUCACGUCGGCAAGUAGAGAAGGCUUUUGCAGAAUGGAAAAGCUCUAGUGAUGACAAAAAGGAGAAAAUAUUCAUGGAGUUGCUUGAGAGCACAAAGCUUGGCGAGAUAGAUAACAUUACCCUGAUAGUAGGCCUGGCAAUACCACCCUUCUCCAUGGUGGCAAAGAGUGCAGGAGAGAAAGCGCCUCCCUUCAAAAUGAUCAAGAAUGUCCCUGACGCCUUGUUUGUGCCCUCAUUCACACUGUUAUCUCUUGUCUCAGUUAAGCUGAUCAGAAAAGUUUUGGAAAAUUUUACAUUAGGAGAAGAAGAAGAAAAAGGAAUAAAUGCCCAUACCUAAUAUCAUUGUUGUGGUUGUGCCCUUGAUCACAUUUUCAUCUCCCAUCCCUGUUAAGCUCCUUGGAAGGAUCCUUGGAAUUCAAGAUCGCUGUUUGUAUUACCCCCAUAUGCAUGAGGACUCUGUUCUUCAUGAUUAUGCUUCUUAUGCUAGCGCAAUGUCAAUACAUUGCAGCACAAAAAUGGCAAUUAUAUGUUAAUAAUUAAAUUUAUUUGUUCCUAAA